UUUUGAACUUUGAAGGAUUGUUUUGUAAAGGGAAUGGGUUUUGUUUCCUCUUUAGGGUCCUAAACGUUUGAAAACUUCCACAAACACCCCCAAUUCCAAAAAAGUCAAAAGUCAAAAACUCUUGAUCGUCACCAUUAUGUAAGAGCCUUUCUUCUCAAAACCAGCGAAAAUAAAAACAGAAAUCAAAUCAAAUUCAACUUCAAUUCCAAUUUCAAUUUCGUUACAGAAAUUCAAAUGUGCGGCAUCUUCGCCUACCUGAAUUUCGGCGUCAGCCGUGAGCGCCGCUACAUUCUCCAAGUCCUCUUCAACGGCCUCCGCCGUCUCGAGUACCGGGGCUACGACUCUGCUGGCAUCUCCAUCGACGACUCCCUCCCUCCCUCUGCCACCUCAUCAUCAUCAUCAUCAUCUUCAACUUCAAUUUCCUCAUCUCUUCUCGUCUUUCGCCAAGAGGGCAACAUCGAAUCCCUCGUCAAAUCCGUCUAUGAAGAUGUUGCUGCAACGGAAUUAAAUUUGGAGGAGUCCUUUUCUGUUCAUGCUGGAAUAGCACAUACCCGGUGGGCAACUCAUGGAGAGCCAGCUCCAAGGAAUAGUCAUCCUCAGACAUCUGGUGCUGGAAAUGACUUCUUGGUGGUCCACAAUGGAGUCAUUACCAAUUACGAGGUGUUAAAGGCAACACUGGUGCGACAUGGAUUCACCUUUGAAUCUGAAACAGACACAGAAGUGAUUCCAAAGCUUGCCAAGUUUGUUUUUGAAAAAGCAAAUGAAGCAGAAGGUGAUCAGCCUGUCACAUUUAGCCAAGUUGUGCUUGAAGUUAUGAGGCAUCUUGAAGGGGCCUAUGCCCUCAUUUUUAAAAGUAAACACUAUCCAAAUGAGUUAAUUGCGUGCAAGCGUGGUAGCCCGUUGCUCCUAGGUGUCAAAGAAUUAAAUGAAGAUGCAAGCAAUGGAUCCACACUUCAUGAUUCCCAAUUUCUCUCAAAGAAUGGGCAGCCCAAAGAACUUUUUCUAUCUAGUGAUGCCAAUGCUAUUGUUGAACAUACUAAAAAGGUUUUGGUGAUUGAGGAUGGUGAAGUUCUUCAUAUUAAGGAUGGAGGUGUUUCAAUUCUAAAGUUUGAUAAUGCCAAAGGAAGACAUGGUGCUGCUCCUUCUAGACCUUCAUCAGUCCAACGUGCACUAUCCAUUCUUGAUAUGGAGGUUGAACAAAUAAAUAAAGGAAAUUAUGAGCAUUAUAUGCAGAAAGAAAUUCAUGAGCAGCCAGAAUCUGUGACAACUACCAUGAGGGGGAGGCUUAUACGUGGAGGUUCCUGCAAAGCCAAGAGUGUUUUGUUGGGUGGAUUGAAAGACCAUCUUAAAACUAUUAGACGGAGCCGACGGAUUGUUUUCGUUGGCUGUGGUACAAGUUACAACGCUGCCCUAGCUUCAAGACCCAUCUUGGAAGAACUAUCUGAUGUCCCUGUUACUAUGGAAGUUGCUAGUGAUCUAUUGGAUCGGCAAGGUCCUAUAUACAGAGAAGAUACAGCAGUUUUUGUCAGUCAAUCUGGUGAAACUGCAGAUACACUAAAUGCUUUAGAAUACGCUUCAGAAAAUGGUGCAUUGUGUGUUGGCAUAACAAAUACUGUUGGUAGUGCAAUAGCUAGGCAUACACAUUGUGGGGUUCAUAUCAAUGCCGGUGCUGAAAUUGGUGUAGCAAGCACCAAGGCAUAUACAAGUCAAAUAGUAGUGAUGGCCAUGUUGGCUCUUGCAAUUGGAGGUGACACUAUAUCUAAUCGAGCGAGAAGGGAGGCUAUAAUAGAUGGCCUAUGUGAUUUACCUAACAAAGUUAGAGAGGUCUUAAAGCUUGAUGCUGAAAUGAAGGAACUUGCAAAACUAUUGAUUGCUGAACAGUCACUUCUCGUCUUUGGGAGAGGAUACAACUAUGCAACAGCGUUGGAAGGUGCUUUAAAAGUGAAAGAAGUAGCACUUAUGCACAGCGAAGGGAUUCUUGCCGGUGAAAUGAAACAUGGUCCUUUGGCGUUAGUUGAUGAAAAUCUUCCUAUUGUUGUAAUUGCUACUCGUGAUGCUUGCUUCAGUAAGCAGCAAUCUGUUAUUCAACAACUUCAUGCUCGCAAAGGUCGCCUAAUAGUUAUGUGUUCAAAAGGAGAUGCUGCAUCUGUGUGCCCCGGUGACUCUUAUCGAGUAAUUGAAGUUCCUAUUGUUGAGGACUGUCUUCAACCUGUAAUUAACAUUGUUCCAUUGCAGUUACUGGCAUAUCAUCUUACCGUGCUAAGAGGUUACAACGUUGAUCAGCCUCGGAAUCUUGCAAAGAGCGUGACGACCCAGUAAAGAAGCGUAUUCGACAAAUCUCAUGAUCAUAUUAUGAUUCCUAAUCUUGUAUAGAAGUAGUAGAAAGCUUACCCACAUCCAUAUGAUUUUUCGACCUCAUUCUCACCUCAAUAUUCGUUAUUCAAUUAUGUUGAGAGGUUGUACAAUUCAGAAAAAUACUAGGCAUAUUGAUGAUGGAGGUGGAGAAUGGCUUGUGAAAUUAUGUGUUAUCAGAAUCUGGAGAUUGCAUUUUAGAAAGACAGUAGUUUGAAGGCUCUGAUUUACAUGCUUUGUGUUAUAGGGGAAAUGAUGAAUCACUCUUAAUUUAA